AUGCUGUUCUUAUACUAUACAUUUUUAAUAUUCAUAUCUUCAGUUAUUGCUGAUGUUUCCAUAUCUUCACCAUCUGCUGGGAAAUCAUAUGCUGUUAGUGGUAGUACAGUUUCUGUUGAAGUUGAAUGGACAGAAUCAAAUGCAGAACCAACUCUUGAUGAUAUCGAAUCAAUGAGUUUUGUUAUUUGUACUGGUCCAAAUUCUGAUAUUAAUGGGUUACAAACUAUUAAAAAGGCAACAAGUGAUGAACUUUCUGAUAAAAAAAUUACUUUAAGUAUUCCUGCUGAUGUUGGUGCAAGUGGUAGUUAUUAUAUUCAAAUUUAUUCAACUACAAAAGAUGAUGGUUAUACAAUCAAUUAUUCACAACGUUUUAAAUUAACAGGUAUGACUGGUACUGAAAAAGCUAGUGGUUCUGGUGAUCCACCUUCAGGUCAAACUUCUGUAGGUGGUGAUAGUACUUCUUCAACUUUAUCACCUGAAGAAAUGUCAAAAUCUUUUAGUGUUGCUUAUACUUCACAAACUGGUCCAACUCGUUAUGCUCCAAUGCAAACUCAACCAGGUACUACUGUUACUAAAUCUACUUGGUCAAGAAAAUUUCAAACUUCUGCAGUUUCUUAUUUUAGUUCAAUUAAACCAUCUCCAUCAGUUUUAUCAACAAUUACUCCAGGCUGGGAUUAUACAAUUAGUUCUGUAAUUAAUCAAGCAAGUGUUGCAAGUGAUCCAUCUGCUGUUGGUUGGUAUAAUCCAAAAUCAAAAUUAAAAUCUGCUACAUUAUCUUCAAAUCCAAAUCGUGCUUCUUCAUCAUCAUCAAAAUGA